CUGCCGUAAACGAAAUUCGUAGAAUAACUGGGUGCGAAAAUAUUGCAGUUAUUUCUCAUUGCCUUGGAUCUGUUGUAACUUUUAUGGGAUUAUUAAGCGGAGAGAUUGAAGGUGUUAGUUCAUACGUUGCUUCUCAAGUGGGAAUGACUCCAGGUGUUGGUUUUUGGAAUCGUGUUAAAGUUAAUUUCCACUUAGUUCCACUUUUACAAAAUGUCUUUCAUCAAUCAACAUUUGACGUACGCACUUCUUCACACACUAAUUUAUUACAAAGUACUAUCAAUCAACUUCUAAGAUUCUAUCCAUAUCCACCUGGUGGAGUGUGUCAAAAUGCAUUGUGUCAUCGAAACUCUUUAGCUUAUGGAACUCUCUAUAAGCAUGAAAAUAUAACUCAACUCUUACAUGAUAAUCUUGAUCAAUUUAUGGGAGAAGUCAAUCUAACCACAAUGAAUCAAUUUUCUAAAUGCGUACAAGCUGGUGAAUUAGUUACUAUUGCAG